AUGGAUAAUAUAUUCAAAGAUAUUAUGUUUGUAAGUACAGGGUGCAUUGAUCAUAUUUGGGAGGCAUUUGUGCUGAAUUAUGGCUUAUUGCAUUGCGCUGCCGCUGCCGCUGUCGCUGCCACUGUCACUGUGAAUCCAACAAUGCCGACGCAACAGUUAGACUGUGCUGCUGUGGGCACGGUUGUGACAGCGCCAGCAGCGCUGACCGUAGAGGAGCUGAAGAGUCUGGCCAACAAUUCGCUGCCGCAGACCGACAUGCCAACUUUGAAACGUAAAAAUGAAAAGCCAAAGGAUGUUCGCUUUACCACAGCUGCAACUAAAGUUUCAUUGCGAAAUUUGGCACAGGAAUUAAAUGAAGGUCGCGGCCGUCAUAAGCGCAGGAAAAUGCUUAAAUAUCUCCAGCCACUGCUGAUUGGUGUUUUAAUUGUGAAGUUUAUCCUUUUACCGUUGGUUUUAAAAACCUUGACGGCUCUCUCGACAUCAUCAUUUGUAAUGAGUAAAAUUGCCUUGGCAGCUGCGGGCUUACUUGUACUUAAAUGGUUACUCACGGGAUCUGGUGACGGCGGUGGCGGUUAUGAUGGCGGCGCCAAAGAACGGACGCAUGUGGAAAUCGUCCAUUUGCCGGUGCCGUUAACGAAGUCCUACCAUCGCGGCAGCGGUGGUGGCGCCGGCGUCAGCACUCUCAACGGUUGGAAUGAUUUAUCUUUGAGUGGCAGCAGCAGCGUAUUGGCUAUAAAACAUAUGGGUAAGCCGAACAAAUAUAUUCCGGUUGGCGGUGUGAAGGAUAUGGCGCAUAUAGUGGCAGCCGCAGCCGUGGCGGAUACAACGAACAAUGGCGGUAAUGGAUAUCACAACACGCAUCCAGUUUACGAUGGCAAACCAUUCUUGUAGAGUAGAAGAGAGAAAACAAUAACAAUAAUUAUAUUGCAAGGACUUAUUUUCAAUGAAACGAGUUCCCAUCGAUUACGCGCACAACUCAGCUCUUGCAUUUCCCAACA